AUGUCCAACUGCUGCAAAGAAGGAUUUAAGUGGAACGGCGAGGCUGUCGGCAAGGAGACUACUCUCGGUAACAACCCGGCCUACGUCACUGGCGACAACAAGGAUGCCGCCGUCCUUAUCAUCUGCGACGUCUUUGGCUGGAAGUUGCCCAAUGUCCGUCUGAUUGCCGACCACUAUGCAAAGGAGGCCAAUGUGACCGUCUACGUCCCCGACNUACCCGACAUGCUAGAGGACCCCGAGAAGCGCAAGAACUUCGACAUCAUGGCCUUCAUCGGCCGCAACAGCAAGGACAAGCGUNUUCCCGAGAUCACCGCCAACGCAAAGGAACUCAAGUCCAACUACAAGAAGGUCGCCGCCAUUGGUUUCUGCUACGGCGCCUGGGCCGUAUUGCGUCUUGGAGCCAAGGACUCUCCCAUCAUUGACUGCGCAGCCGUCGCUCACCCUUCUUUGCUCGAGGAAUCAGAGAUUGCCAACAUUGGUGUGCCGGUGCAGUUUUUGGCUCCUGAGACUGAUCCUAUGUUCACCCCCGAGCUCAAGGAAUUCACCCUCAAAACCCUCCCUACACUCAACAUUCCUUUCAACUAUGACUAUUACCCUGGUCUUGUCCACGGCUUCGCCGUCCGUGGUGAUCAGAAGGAUCCCAAGCAAAAGGAGGGUCUGGAGAGAGCUAAGAACUCUGCUGUGUACUGGUUCAAGCAGUACUUGCACUAG